AAUUUAUUGAUUUUUUUUUUCUUUUUUCCCUCUUCAAAAAUUUAGCCCCUAAAUAUUCCCUACUACCCAUGUACUUCACCUAAUGCUCAACGUAUCCAUUUUCUCUGGCGCUGUUAUCUCAUCAGGUCAUGGAUAAUGGUGACGGUGAUGAUCGGUCCCUCUACUGCCUCGACGAGAAAGAGGGCGAGAAAGCUGCAGGACCGGACAGCAAGGACAUCUACGUUCAGCUUGUCAUUUCGCUCGCCCUAGGUCUCUCCGCCUUUGUCGCCUUUUGUAUUCUGAGACCUCGGUGGAAGACUUUAUACGCCGCUCGAAAACGUCAAAAUGACCCCAAGAUCGCGCCCCCUGCUCUUCCCGAUAGCUUCUUCGGAUGGAUACCUGCGUUAUAUAGAAUUACAGAGGAACAGGUGCUGGCAUCUGCGGGCUUAGAUGCCUUCGUGUUUUUAUCCUUCUUCAAGAUGUCGCUCCGCCUUUUUACAACUAUGUUAUUUUUCGCUGUCGCUGUUCUUUGGCCUAUUCACAAAACGUAUAAUACAGGCUCAACUCAGCCGCCUAAUGAAACUUUCGGAGAUCCUUCUGUUUAUAUGGAUUUGGUGCCUCGAGACGGGAAUUCUAGUCCAGGCGCCGUUAAUAUUCUAGCGAAGCCCGAGCCCGAACCCGAGGAUAAGAGCUGGAGCUUGCUAUGGGCCCCAGUUUUCACCUGGCUGUUCUCGUUCCUCACAAUGUACUUCAUGAAUUCAGAGACCAUAAAAGUCAUCAAGAUAAGGCAGGAUUAUUUGGGUACUCAGUCGACAAUAACGGACCGAACAUUCCGCCUAACUGGAAUUCCCGAAGAUAUCAGAUCGGAGGAGAAAAUUAAGGAUUUCGUGGAGAACUUGGAAAUCGGGCACGUGCGAAGUGUUACGUUGUGCCGGAACUGGGCUGAAAUAGACGGCUUGAUGGCCAAACGGCAAGAACUUUUACGAAAGCUUGAAGAAGCAUGGAGCGUCUACUUGGCUCGAAGACCACGAAUAGUAGCUGCCAAUAACCGGGAACCCCUAGGUCCGGAAAGGAUCAGCCAAAACAACGACGAAGACGAAGAUUCACAAGAGGAUGGACGUCUCCUCGCCAAUGGUAGUCUACGGAAUCUUGUGACGGAAAGGGCGAGACCUAAAAUUCGUCUUCGGUAUGGUUUCCUUGGGAUGCGAAGUCGUAAAACCGACGCUCUCGACUACUACGAGGAGAAGCUACGUCGUCUCGACGAGCAGAUUCGAAAUGCGAGGAAGAAAGAAUAUCCGCCAACAGAUGACGCCUUCGUAACAAUGGAUUCCAUUGCGGCGUGUCAAAUGGCUAUACAGGCCACCAUCGACCCCAGACCUGGCCAGUUGCUGUCGAAGCCCGCGCCGGCUCCUACAGAUGUGAUUUGGAGCAACACUUAUAGUCCACGGUACAAGCGUCAAUUAAAGUCCUGGACCGUCACUAUCUUCAUCACCUUCCUCUCUGUUAUCUGGCUGUUCCCGGUAGCAGUACUGGCUCAGCUACUUAGCCUUUGCGGCAUUUCGAAAGUAUCAAAAUCUCUUGCUGAUACCCUUUACGCGCAUGAUAUUACUAGAGCUUUCGUACGAACUGGUCUGCCUACCCUCGUGGUUUCAUUGCUUAACGUGUUGGUCCCGUACCUGUACGAUUAUCUUUCCAACAAGCAAGGAAUGGUCUCUCAAGGCGAUGUUGAACUCUCCGUGAUAUCGAAGAAUUUCUUCUUCAUCUUCUUUAACAUCUUUGUCGUCUACGCCGUCUCGGGUAGUGCGGCUUUAUCAGACUUCUGGAAGAUUAUUGGAGAUUCGCUUACCGAUACGCGCACCAUCGCAAAGAAGUUGGCUGUCUCGAUACAGAACCUAAACAACUUCUACCUCAACUUCAUCAUGUUGCAGGGAUUCGGUCUGUUCCCAUUCAAGCUUCUACAAUUCGGGGGCAUUGCGAUGUAUACUAUUUAUCGGAUGGGAGCGAAGACACCGCGAGAUUUUGCCGAGCUUGUUCAACCUGGCCUGUUUAACUAUGGGUUUUACCUUCCUACUGCUCUAUUGGUUUUCAUCCUCUGUUUAGUAUAUAGCAUCCUCCCUGGUGCCCAUAUUGUCCUGUUAGUGGGCGUCUGUUACUUCUCGCUCGGAUAUUUUGUUUACAAGUAUCAACUGUUAUACUCGAUGGACCAACCGCAACAUGCCACCGGUGGCGCAUGGCCGAUUAUUUGCGGCCGUAUUGUUAUAGGUCUGGUUGCAUUCCAACUUAUCAUGAUCGCCUUCUUGGUGCUGCAGACAGCUUUUGUAGCUGCAUCAUUUAUCGCACCUUUGGUUGUUUUGUCUUUUUGGUACAGCUUUUAUGCCCGGGAGCGGUACAGACCGCUUACGAAAUUCAUCGCGCUUCGAAGUAUAAAGCGUGCUUCUGAUCCGGGUUCGGAAACCCGCUCCGGUCGAGAUCAGUACCAGGUACAACGGCAAACCCGAUUAACGAGACGCAUGAGCACCAUCGACGAAGAUAGGGAAAAGGGGAUGAGGUUCAUAAAUCCGAGUCUCGUGGUCCCCUUGGAGCAACCUUGGGUGUAUCAAGAUCCGCCACCGCCGCUGGGAGAGUCGUCUGCUAACUCUAGAACAAGCAGCACUAGCGGCAACGGCAGUCGCAGAGAGGCGUCACUGAGGAGUAAUGAUGGGCUGGGUAGCGUUGCUAGUUCCUUUAGUCUUGGAGAUACCCAUGUUUGGCGAGACACCGGUGAUGACAACGUGUAACGAUGAUGAGAAUUAGGAAUGUCCUAUAAUGAAAAGAUUGAAAUGUUGCCCUGUCUUAUAUCAGUUUUCUACUAACCCGGUUUUAUGCCAUUUUAAUUUAGACAUGGAUAUACUAUUAUACAGCUUUCGCCUUUAUGGAUUAAGGCCACAUACCAUCGAACAUGAAGAGCCAAUCUUCCCAAUAACGAUCAUAGCGUCCUACGAGCCAGCUUCUUCCAUCACCUUGACCUCCAAC